AUGUUUUCUCGAGUAGCCCGCCUACGUAUCCCCAAGAGAAGCAUAACAAUAAAUGCCGAGCUAUCAAGGAAACUAGAAAGUGCUCAGCAUCAUCCUGUGAUCGUUGUUGGCGGUGGACACGCUGGAUGUGAAGCGGCCACUGGAUCGGCUCGUGCUGGUACGCCCACCACCCUUAUUACACCUCAGAUAAAUAAAAUAGGAACAGCAUCAUGUAACCCGUCCAUGGGUGGUAUUGGAAAGGGAACUUUGCUACGAGAAGUGGACGCUUUAGAUGGUGUGGCACCAAAAGUCACGGAUAAGGCUGGUAUACAUUUCACUAUACUUAAUGCGUCUAAGGGAGCAGCGGUCCAAGGCCCAAGAGCCCAGAUCGACAGAAAGAUAUAUCUUGAAGAAAUGCAGAAGGUGAUAUUAAAUUAUAAGAACCUUAAUGUGCUUGAAGCACUGGUGGAGGAUAUCAUCAUAUCACCAUCAGAGGUCAGUAACGAUAACCAAGGCAGAUCCUAUGGAACUGUUAAAGGUGUGUGUCUUAACGAUGGUACUGUUUUAAGCUGUGAUGGUGUUGUGAUUACAACGGGAACGUUCCUUGGUGGCGAGAUCCAUAUAGGUAUGGAAGUGUUUCCGUCUGGAAGAAUGGGUGAAGAUGCCACUUUUGGUUUAUCAAAAACACUCAACGAAGCUGGGUUCAGUCUUGGAAGGUUGAAGACUGGAACACCACCACGUCUUUCUUCAAAAACUAUAGACUAUUCCAAUUUGGCUCCUCAAAACUCGGAAAAUCCACCACAACCCAUGUCUUUCAUGAAUGAGAAAGUGGCGCUUCAGGAUCAACUAGUUCAGUGCCAUCAGACAUUUACAAAUCCCGAAUUCCACGACCUUGUGGCAAAAAAUCUUGAUAAAACUAUUCACAUUCGUGAGACGGUCAAAGGGCCUCGUUACUGCCCAUCGAUCGAAUCGAAGAUAAUCAGGUUCCCUCUGAAGACGUCUCAUAUAGUUUGGCUCGAGCCGGAGGGAUUAGACACUGAUAUUGUAUACCCCAACGGUAUCUCAUGUACAUUACCGGCUGAGCUCCAGGAGCAAAUGGUAAGACUUCUCCCUGGGUGUGCUAACGUUACUAUGGUUCAGCCUGGUUACGGUGUGGAGUAUGACUAUGUCGACCCUAGAGAACUUAAGAGAACUCUUGAAACAAAGUUGGUUCAUGGGCUCUAUCUUGCAGGUCAAAUUAAUGGUACCACUGGGUAUGAAGAGGCUGCCGCUCAAGGAUGUGUUGCGGGUAUCAACGCUGGACUUGCACUGGCAAACAAGCCUCCUUUGGAACUUUACCGGUCUGAUGGAUACACGGGUGUUGUAAUUGACGACCUUAUCACAAAGGGAGUCGAGGAACCUUAUAGGAUGUUUACUUCCCGGUCGGAAUUUCGUUUUACAAUGCGUGCGGACAAUGCCGACCAGAGACUCACUAUGAAAGGCUAUGAGGCCGGUGUUGUCGGUGAGGAGAGAUUUCAGCACUUUUCCAAAGAAAUUGACCAAUACAAUAAGAUUAGGUCCUUUUUGAAGGGUAUCGAAUUGUCAGGAGCUCGCUGGGCACCUGUUCUUGGCAACCUCGCUGAUAAGGUCAACAAGAAGACAAUGGUGGACGGUUGGAAAUUGUUGUCAUAUCACGAUGUGACUCUUGACCACAUUUUACCCAAUCUUCCCAAGGUCGUUCUUGGAGGGGCUCUUCCAGAGUAUUUCGAUAACUUAUCAAGAUGGCAAAAGCAGAGGAUAGACGUGGAAAGUCGCUAUGAGCCAUGGCUCAAGAGAGAAGAACGCCAUAUUCGUGCAUUUGAAGCAGAUGAGAAUUUGCUCCUCCCAGAGAAUUACAUCUACACCAACACAGGUAAACUCAAGCUUUCCAACGAAGCUUGCCUGAUGCUCAACAUGGUUCAACCCAAGACAAUUGGCCAAGCCAGAAGAAUACAGGCUUUAUAA